UACGGUGGUAGGAGCCGGGCGGGACCUGUCGCUUUUUGCCUGUCGCUGGCACUAAGGCGUUUGCCUAUUCUCACCGGCUCCGCUCUCCGGCCCUGGCUCGGCAGGGCAGCGCGCCCUAGGGAAGGGCGGAGCUGUAGAUAUGGCGUAAGAUACUUCUUCAGGAUUGGAUCUGGUGACCUGUUAUUUCUGAUAGCUUUAAGCUGACUUGCAGACAAAGAGAAACCUCACGGAGUUCCAGUUUUUUAUUUUGCUAUACAUCUUUUUUGGCACCUAAGUUCACCUUGCAACCAUGUAUGGGAGUGCUCGCUCAGUUGGGAAGGUGGAACCAAGCAACCAGAGCCCUGGGCGUUCACCCAGGCUUCCACGCUCCCCUCGCUUAGGUCAUCGUCGGACCAAUAGUACUGGAGGGAGUUCUGGAAGCAGUGUUGGAGGUGGCAGUGGCAAAACUCUUUCAAUGGAGAAUAUACAAUCUUUAAAUGCUGCCUAUGCUACAUCUGGUCCUAUGUACCUAAGUGACCAUGAAAAUGUAGGUUCAGAAGCCCCUAAAAGCACCAUGACUCUUGGCCGUUCUGGGGGACAUCUGCCUUAUGGUGUUAGAAUGACUGCUAUGGGCAGUAGCCCCAAUAUAGCCAGUAGCGGAGUUGCUAGUGACACUAUAGCAUUUGGAGAGCAUCACCUCCCUCCUGUGAGUUUGGCAUCCACCGUACCUCACUCUCUUCGUCAGGCAAGAGAUAACACCAUCAUGGAUUUGCAGACACAGCUGAAGGAGGUAUUAAGGGAAAAUGAUCUCUUGCGGAAGGAUGUAGAAGUAAAGGAGAGCAAAUUGAGCUCUUCAAUGAAUAGCAUCAAGACCUUUUGGAGUCCAGAACUGAAGAAAGAGCGAGCCUUAAGAAAAGAUGAAGCUUCCAGAAUCACCAUUUGGAAGGAACAGUAUAGAGUUGUGCAGGAAGAAAACCAGCACAUGCAGAUGACAAUCCAGGCUCUUCAGGAUGAAUUGCGGAUCCAAAGAGACCUGAAUCAGUUAUUUCAGCAAGACAGUAGCAGUCGGACUGGUGAACCUUGUGUCACAGAGUUGACAGAAGAGAACUUCCAGAGGCUGCAUGCUGAGCAUGAGCGGCAGGCCAAAGAGCUAUUUCUUCUGCGGAAGACUCUGGAGGAAAUGGAGCUACGUAUUGAAACUCAGAAACAAACUCUAAAUGCUCGGGAUGAGUCCAUUAAGAAGCUUCUAGAAAUGUUGCAGAGCAAAGGACUUUCUGCUAAAGCUACUGAGGAAGACCAUGAGAGAACAAGACGACUGGCAGAGGCAGAGAUGCAUGUCCACCACCUAGAAAGCCUUUUGGAGCAGAAGGAAAAAGAGAACAAUAUGUUGAGAGAGGAGAUGCACCGGAGAUUUGAGAAUGCCCCUGAUUCUGCCAAAACAAAGGCUCUGCAAACUGUUAUAGAGAUGAAAGAUUCUAAAAUUUCCUCUAUGGAACGUGGGCUCCGAGACCUGGAAGAGGAAAUUCAAAUGCUGAAGUCAAAUGGGGCUUUGAGUACAGAAGAGCGGGAGGAAGAAAUGAAGCAAAUGGAAGUAUAUCGGAGCCAUUCCAAAUUUAUGAAAAAUAAGGUAGAGCAACUGAAGGAGGAACUAAGUUCGAAAGAGGCUCAAGGGGAGGAGCUGAAAAAGAGAGCAGCUGUUCUUCAGGCUGAGAUUGGCCAAGUGAAACAGGAGCUGUCCAGAAAGGACACAGAGCUAUUGGCCUUGCAAACAAAGCUGGAAACUCUCACAAACCAGUUCUCAGACAGUAAGCAGCAUAUUGAAGUAUUGAAAGAGUCACUGACUGCUAAGGAGCAGAGGGCUGCCAUCCUACAGACCGAGGUGGAUGCUCUCCGAUUGCGUUUAGAAGAGAAGGAAACCAUGCUGAAUAAAAAGACGAAGCAAAUUCAGGAGAUGGCUGAGGAGAAGGGGACACAAGCUGGAGAGAUACAUGAUCUAAAAGACAUGCUGGAUGUGAAGGAGAGGAAAGUUAAUGUUCUUCAGAAGAAGAUUGAAAAUCUUCAAGAACAGCUAAGAGAUAAGGAAAAGCAGAUGAGCAGCUUAAAAGAACGAGUCAAAUCCCUGCAGGCUGAUACUACCAACACUGACACUGCCCUGACAACUCUGGAGGAGGCCCUUGCUGAGAAAGAGCGGACAAUUGAGCGCUUAAAGGAACAGAGGGACAGAGAUGAGCGAGAGAAGCAAGAAGAAAUUGAUAACUAUAAGAAAGAUCUUAAAGACCUGAAAGAAAAAGUUAGCCUAUUACAAGGCGAUCUCUCAGAGAAAGAGGCUUCACUGUUGGAUCUGAAAGAGCAUGCUUCUUCCCUGGCUUCCUCAGGCCUAAAAAAGGACUCACGACUUAAGACACUAGAGAUUGCUCUGGAACAGAAGAAGGAAGAAUGUUUGAAAAUGGAAUUGCAGUUGAAAAAGGCACAUGAGGCAACAUUGGAAGCCAGAGCCAGUCCAGAGAUGACUGACCGAAUACAGCAAUUGGAGAGAGAGAUUUCUAGGUACAAAGAUGAAUCCAGCAAGGCCCAGACAGAGGUUGACCGCCUCUUGGAAAUCUUGAAGGAGGUAGAAAAUGAGAAGAAUGAUAAAGAUAAGAAAAUAGCUGAAUUGGAAAGGCAAGUGAAAGACCAAAAUAAGAAGGUAGCAAAUCUGAAGCACAAGGAACAAGUGGAAAAGAAGAAGAGUGCGCAGAUGCUAGAGGAGGCCCGGAGGAGGGAGGACAACCUCAACGACAGCUCCCAGCAGCUGCAGGACAGUCUCCGUAAGAAGGAUGACAGGAUUGAAGAACUGGAAGAAGCAUUGAGAGAAAGUGUACAGAUAACUGCAGAGAGAGAAAUGGUGCUGGCACAAGAGGAAUCAGCCAGGACCAAUGCUGAAAAACAGGUGGAAGAGCUGUUGAUUGCCAUGGAAAAAGUAAGACAAGAAUUAGAGUCUAUGAAAGCUAAGCUGUCUUCUACCCAGCAGUCUCUGGCAGAAAAGGAAACUCAUUUGACCAAUCUUCGGGCAGAGAGAAGGAAACACUUAGAGGAAGUUCUGGAGAUGAAGCAAGAAGCUCUCUUGGCUGCUAUUAGUGAAAAAGAUGCCAAUAUAGCUCUUUUGGAGCUUUCAUCCUCUAAGAAAAAGACCCAAGAGGAAGUGGCUGCACUAAAGCGUGAGAAGGAUCGCCUGGUGCAGCAGCUUAAACAGCAGACACAAAAUCGAAUGAAGCUAAUGGCAGACAACUAUGAGGAUGACCACUUCAAGUCCUCCCAUUCUAAUCAGACAAAUCAUAAACCCUCCCCCGAUCAGAUCAUCCAACCCCUUUUAGAACUUGACCAAAAUAGAAGCAAGUUAAAGUUGUAUAUUGGACACCUGACAGCCCUCUGCCAUGACCGAGACCCCCUCAUCCUUCGUGGACUCACUCCACCAGCUUCUUACAACUUGGAUGAUGACCAGGCAGCUUGGGAGAAUGAGCUGCAGAAGAUGACCCAGGAGCAGCUUCAGCAUGAGUUAGAAAAGUGUGAGCGGGACAAUGCAGAACUGCAGGAGUUUGCCAACGCCAUCCUUCAACAGAUAGCAGACCAUUGCCCUGACAUCCUGGAGCAAGUUGUCAAUGCCCUGGAGGAGUCAUCCUGACCCUGCCUUAUGGGAAGUGGCCAACCCAGCAGCUGAGAGAGUCAAGGAGCCAAGAAAAAGAUAGUACAAGGGAUAGGCAUCCAGGAGCAUCUUGGCACCAAACAUUACAAACUGCACCCUGUCUUGCUCACUUGAAGAAGUGUGGUUCCAGCCUGUUUCUAUAUCUGUCAUCUUACUCUGCCUUUCUGCUUCAAAUGUUGUCUGUGCAUUAAUUUUCUUGGUGUCCAAAGCAGGCAAACGGCUGUGUCUCCAUGAAGAACUGACCUCCUCUCAUCAGAAGUAGGGAGCUGUGGAAGCUAGUGCUCUACCCUCAGAGGGACAUGAAGUAAAGAGCCCACUCCCUUCUGUCCUCUGACAGGACAGCCACAUCUGGAAUCUCUCCAGAAUUCAGCAGAGUGAGCAAAUUCUCAUGUGGAGCAGAAUGUUGAGUGGUCUAAUAUCACAGUGGGUGCUUUCUCCCAAAAGGGUGAAAAUAUUUCAAAAAGCAUAGAUAAAGAGAUAGGGAAAGAGAGAUCAAAGAGGAAGAGGCAGCCAGCUUCUCUUUUUAUUCUCAUUUGUGUUUGUUUUUCCUAUAUAGUGGUUAUAGAAGUCGGGGACAGAGGCUGACCUGUGCUGGUUUAGCUAGCGCUAACCUCCACGUGUGUCUUCACACCGGCCCUGUCGGCCUUAUCUUCUUUGCUCUGAUCCUCCUCCAUAACAGGAGGAUGUAAGUGGUCCUUCCCCUGUUCCUCUUCUCAUGCUUCGUUGCUAGAUAAGUAUUUCUAACUGAAAAAAAAAAAAAAAGAAGAGCUUGAUAUAUAGGGCCCUGUUAUCACCUACUGCAGCCUUACUGCUCCAGAAGGUAACGUUCCUUGGGGUUAGACUAGUUUCUCCCUACAUCUCCCAGAAUGCCUCCUGCCUCCCUACACCUGCACCCUUCUCCUGCAGCACAGUAAUUUCUGAAGCCUGAAUCCUUCACUCCACUUUGCCCCAACCUGUGUUCUCAGAACCCAGGCCUUAUUCACUAUCAGGAACCCUCUUUACACAAAUGAAUUUGUCUUAUGCCACACACAUUCCAUCCUGCAUUCCUUCAUUCAGAGAAUACUUAUGAAAAUCCCUACAGAGUACAAGUCAGUGUGUCACGUAGCCAUCCUUGAAAGUGUCUCUUUUCGGGGCUGGAGAUUUAGCUCCGCGGUAUAAGCGCCUGCCUUGCAAGCAGGCAGUCGUGAGUUCGAUCCCCGGUACCAAUAAAAAGGAAAAAAGCCAAAAAAUUAAAAAGAAAAAGAAAAUGUCUCUUUUCAAUGAGGGAAAGGUAUGGUAGGUUCUUUGACACAUACUUGGUUAAGUCAAAGCAGUAAGCAUUAUAUCUUUCCCUACUCCCAUCUGAAUGGUGGCUUUAGGAGAGAUUUUAAAAUCCCACAAGGUCAGCAUUUCUCAUUAUAAAGGAAUUGAUGCAUUUGGAUUUUCAUCACCUGUUUGUAGUGUCCCAUUUGAUGGGCCAGGAUUUGGAAUAUCCUUAAGAGUAUUCUGUUUAAGGGGCUGGGGAUUUAGCUCAGCAGCAUAAGCGCCUGCCUUGCAAGCAGGCAGUCGUGAGUUCGAUCCCUGGUACCAAUAAAAAGACAAAAAAGCAAAAAAAAGAGUAUUCUGUUUAGGGGACUCUGAGUACCCACUUGUAGAGAGUGAUUUUUUUUCACAUGGAACCCUGAACUCAGCCAGUUCUAUGCUGAAAUCAGAAAGGUGUAGGUCCAGAUGAAGGAAUUAGAAUUUUAGAGACAUUUUUCCCAAGUGUAGACAACGACAGUUGUAAAUAAUUAGGCACCAAGAGAUAAGCACUUGACCCAGAGCUAGCCCUCUGAACACCACAAACCCUCUAAACAUUUUUGUCUUUUUAUCUUGAUUCUCUUUUCUCCUUUCCCAGUUACCCAAAAGAUUUCGUGCUGCAUGAAAAGACCUGAUAGCCAUCAGUUUAUAUUAGAAUCUCCUUGCCUGUCCCAUUAACUUACAUAGUCACUUCUCUAGCCCCCUGCUUCCCUGCUGUAAAACAGUCCCUUCACGUGAGAAAUUGUGGAAUGUUCCUUAUUUAAGGCUUUAAUGGGCUCUGUCCAUAACCCCUCACCAAAAUGCAUUCUGCUGGGCAGCUGGGCAGAGGGGAUGCAAAGGCUGGCCAGUAAGUGGUGGUGACAUUCAGUUACCUCAAUUCUCUUUAUUUAUUGACUGCUGUACGUCUUGUAGAAAAUCUCAUUUUGCCCACCAUAAUGUAAGGAACUGACGCAUGGUAAUGACCUUUACAGCAAUAGGGUGAAAUAGAGAAAGCAUAAGAGGUCAUCCCCAAGGCAGAAGCAUGGCCCUAGCACCCUGGCAUUUUGGUGUGUGGUUUUCACUGUAUCUGAUGUCUUCUCUUUGACUCAACCUCCCUGAGCAACCUCCCCUUCAGAAAGGCUGUAAAGCCCUCUGACAAGUGCUUCUGGGAAGAAAAAUUUCUGGGACAGAUACCUCUAUGCAGCCCUGCAAGGAAUCUCCAUAAUCUUUCUUGGGUGAUGAUCUAGCACCUCAGAUUCUGGGGACUGUGUGGCUAAAGUCUGACAGUAAACAUGGCCUCCCUUUAUAUUGUAGGGUCAAAGUUAAUUCAGUUUCCAGCAGUGAGAGCACCUCAGUGAGUUCACAUCAUUCACUGAGCCAACAUUUAUUAACAACACAACUCCCAUCACACUAGGAUUUAUCAUUCCAUGACCCUCUUGUAGUAUUCAUGACAGUACAGGCCACUGCACUGCCAGGUAGUGUGCAUAGCUUUGAGAACUCACUGCAGGUCUCCUGUAAUCUUCCCCAUACACAUCCGUUCUGUUGACAACUGCAGUUGCCCUUUAAUACUUAAAUCAAGGUCAUUGUGAAGAGGACUAUGAGAAAAGGUGGUAGAAUCCACAUGCUGUGGCCCUGUUGGAGGUAUUUUUCUCCUGCCCCUUUCAGGGGAGAAGUGGUCUUAGGGGUAACUUGGAGGAGGUAAUUUCUGUCCCCUCCCACCUCUUUUGUUUCUCUGCUUGUCAAUAUUGUCUGUAUGAUUCAGCAUUUCUUUAGUCUUUGGUGCAUUGGCUAAAGAAGUGCUGUGUGUUUCUCAUCUUUUCAUAUAUCUGUAUCCCAGAUAGUCUUCGAGUUAUCAGUGAAGUAUCUGAAUUGAGAUUUGCAAGGGAUACCAUGUGGAAAAGACUUUAAUUGAUCUUUAAGAAAUAAGAGACUCCCAAGUUUAUCUCAAGUCUAAAUUUUGUCCUUGAGCCUUACAGGCUAACGAUCUAAGUGCAUUGCUUUCUUUACAUUGGAAUUUCAGACAUCAGAGAAGAGCAGAUUAAAGCCAGGGCCACCUUUGUUGCUGCUAGAAGCAGCAUGACUUGUGACUUUUUGUCAGUUAAAAUACGCUUUUGCAUGAGAAGCUGGUUGGCUCACCAGUCCCCAUCGUGAGUGGAGAAGGGGAGAAAGUCACAGAGUUUUUAGUCCACUGCUGUCUUCAUCCCUGCCCACUGAUGGUCAUGACUGCAUCUGGACUUGCUGACCCAGGAGCCAUCUCUCCCUCCUGUUUGACUGCACCACUUAUGCAUAGGCCCAUCGGCUACUCUCAGGGUUUUCGAGGAAACAGCAAAGCAAGGAAUAUGUUGCUUCAUAAAAUGAGAUCCUCGCGUGGCCUUUCCUAAGUUCCAGUGCACUCUGUGUCAGUGGUGACAGUGACUUUCCUAUCUGCCUCCCCAUCCUCAUUUCCCCACUUGCAAAAGUCCAGCCCUGGGAAGAGCAUGAGGAGAACGGACUGCAGUACAGCAAGCUGCCCUGUGUGAGCCCUGCCCUCCAUCACUGCCAAUUCCUGAUUCUCAGGAAGUGACUGGAACCCUCCAAAGAACAUUUUAAAAUAAUCUACAGUUUUCCCCAUGUGACAGAGAAUAUUAGCCAAAAAGAAAAUAUGCAUUAGUGGAAUCCUUCUGAACAAAAUGGCUGUCUUUACCUACUCUUUUUAAGAAAAACUUUCCAAACUUUUUAGUGUUAAACUAUAACCAAGUGUCUCCUGAAUUCUUUUCAAUAUGUUUAGUGAGUGCUGUGACCCUGUUGUAGGUAUUUUUCUCCUGCCCCUUUCAGGGGAGAAGUGGUCUUAGGGGUAAUUUGGAGGAGGUAAUUUCUGUCCCCUCCCACCUCUUUUGUUUCUCUGCUUGUCAAUAUUGUCUGUGUGAUUCAGAGAAUUGGGGCAGUUACUUUGUGUCCUUUGCUGCAAAUACUAAAACAUUAAAAAAAAAAAAAAAAAAAAGUAGGUGUAGAACUGAAAAAAAAGCUGUUUUUAAAAUGCAAACCAAUAUCAUGUUAAUAAAGAAAUUCAAGCAAUGGGGCAGUCAAACUCCUCCUCAUCCUCCCACGUUGGCUGAGGUAUCAGCCAGGCCAGCCACUUGGGAAAUACAGUGACCACACGCCAGGUAGGUGACUGCCCGGAUGUGGCUGACAACUGCCGAAUAAGAGAAACGAGAAUCUAGGGGCUCGGAGGCUCUCAGUCGUGCCAGGAUUCUCCCAUCCAUCCUCAGGAUCUCUGGGUAAAGGUUUCAGAGUUGGAGACCCAGAACUACCCUUACUCCAUCUAGGUUCCUGCUCAGUGUGCCUAGCAUUGUGUGGCAACUGGCUUUGACUCCUUGGCCCCUGCCUGGCAGGCCACAGGACCUUUUUCCUACCCACUUGGUGCUAUAUCAUCCAUUGACCAUCCGUAAGGUCCACACUGGCCAGCCUGCAAUCCAGGUGCAAUGAAUUGUUCUCAGAACUUGGUUUCUUCUGACUCAGACCCUAAAUUUCUUUCCCUUGAAGCUUUUUAAACCCAGAUCUCCCAGGCCCAAACUCAUUCUCUCAGCCCCAGAGAUGUCAUGGUCAGAAAAGGAAAUGAACCAUGCUGAAGCAAGAACCCACCCCUGGGCCGGAAUGAGCCCUUCAGCCUGCCCUUCUUUCCGUGCCGUACCAGUAUUGCAUCCAUCUUCGGAAACAGCUAGACCUGCCGGGAGGCACUUGCCCCCUGUCAGGCUGGCCUGCCCCACUGCAGAACUAGGAGCCUGCCACACGUUAUCAGGAUAGCCCGCAUGGGCACUUGGAAUUCACUCCCCUAUUUGAGGAGAUACGUGUUGCACUUUAGUGGGGAGCCAAGGAGUACUGGGUACCAGCCCAUUGUAGCUUGAGUCCCCUUUGAUAGCAGUAGCAGCAGCCGAAUGGUGGUAUCUGUGAUGCAAACACACCUGCUGCCUUCCACUGUACACGUGUGUCAUUACUGGAGUCGUGUUGCCAGCUGAAUAAGGACAUUCAAAGAAAUUGUGUUCUGUUCAACUUUGCCUUGUUUAUUAUUGUAAACACUUUGUUCAUUUUUUUCUUUUUUAUUCACAAACUAAAUCCAUCAGGAAAUUACAAAGUUAUUUAAAAACUG